GUCGUCAAGCGAGCGGAAGAUCAUCACUUCCACGCACGAGCUGUGGAGAGUUUAGCGCAGUGGCUUUUAUCCGGAGCAGCAGGAGACGAAGACUGGAAAUUCCCCAUCGCAUAAACGAGAGAAAGCAGUUGGACUUAUUAACGACGCCACGUGAAGGCAUCUCCGGGUGAAGACUCCUCAGACAUGUCGGUCAACAUUCAUGUGAACAGCCCCAAUGUGAGCUACACAGAUACUCACAUAGUGGCUCAGUAUCAGUAUCACACCUCAUCGGUGACCAGAGAGGGGAACAAAGUGACGGUGACCCCCUGCGCCACUGAGAUGACGUUUCGCACUGAGAGGCGUGUGCCCCAGCUGGGUGUGAUGCUUGUGGGCUGGGGCGGCAACAACGGCACCACAGUCACAGCAGCGGUUCUGGCCAACAAGCAGGGUCUCACCUGGAGGACUAAGACUGGAGUGAAGAAAGCCAAUUACUUUGGCUCCCUCCUGCAGGCCUCCUCUGUUUGUCUGGGAUCAGGGCUCGAGGGCGACGUCAAUGUGCCCUUCCGUGACCUCCUACCCAUGGUGCACCCUGAUGAUAUUGUUUUCGACGGCUGGGAUGUCUCCUCUAUGGACCUGGGUUGUGCAAUGGAGCGAGCUCAGGUUCUCGACUGGUCUUUACAAGAGCAGCUGCGACCACACAUGAGCCGCAUGAAACCCAGACCGUCCAUUUAUAUCCCAGACUUCAUUGCUGCAAACCAAGAGAGCAGAGCUGACAAUGUACUCCCUGGGACCCUGGCAGAGCAGGUGGAGCAGAUCAGAGCCGACAUAAGGGACUUCCGUCUGUCAAGUGGUGUGGACAAAGUGAUCGUUCUGUGGACAGCGAACACUGAGCGUUUCUGUGAUAUCAUACCAGGGGUCAAUGACACAGCCAAGAAUCUGCUAGCUGCAAUCAAGACUGGAGCUGAGGUUUCUCCCUCCACUCUCUUUGCAGUGGCCAGCAUUCUUGAGGGCUGCGCCUACAUCAACGGCUCCCCGCAGAACACUUUCGUCCCGGGGGCCAUCGAGCUGGCGAUGCAGAAGGGUGUGUUCAUUGGAGGGGACGACUUUAAAUCCGGUCAGACUAAGAUCAAGUCAGUGCUGGUGGACUUCCUGGUCAGCGCCGGGAUCAAGCCAACCUCUAUCGUCAGCUACAACCACCUCGGCAACAACGAUGGGAAAAACCUGUCGGCUCCGCAGCAGUUCCGCUCCAAAGAGAUCUCCAAGAGCAACGUGGUGGACGACAUGGUCCAGUCAAACCCCAUCCUCUACCAGCCAGGAGAGAAGCCUGACCACUGUGUGGUGAUUAAGUACGUCCCUUAUGUGGGGGACAGCAAGCGGGCCAUGGACGAGUACACCUCUGAAAUCAUGAUGGGCGGGCAUAAUACUAUUGCUCUGCACAACACCUGUGAGGACUCUCUACUAGCCAGCCCCAUCAUCCUGGACCUAGUGAUCCUGACAGAGCUUUGUCAGCGUGUGACUGUGCGGCCUCAGGGGGAGGAGGACUUCCAGUCCUUCCACAGUGUCUUGGCGCUGCUCUCCUUCCUCUGCAAGGCCCCACUGGUACCAUCAGGGACCCCGGUCAUCAAUGCCUUCUUCCGCCAGAGAGCCUGCAUAGAAAACGUCAUGAGAGCGUGCCUCGGCCUCCCUGCUCAGAAUCACAUGCUCCUGGAGCACAAGCUGCAGAGAAAUUUCCUGCCUCCACAUUCCACCUACAUCAACGGUGAAGUAGGGGCUAUGAAAAAAGCUGUCUUCACAAACGGGAACCACAGAUCAACAAAUGGCUUCCAUGCACAUGUUGAUGAUGAAGCAUGUGCAUUAUGAUUGAAGACACAAUACUACUGUCUUAAAUACAACUGUCACUGAAACAAAAUUAAUACCUUGUUUGAAAAAGAACAAAGGCCCUUGUUGAUCAAGCUGUCAUCACAAAAAACAAGUUCGCUAUCCCCUUGACAUUUAGGUGAGAUGCAUUUAAAAUCAUAGGUAUUCUGAGUAUGUUGUCCUGUUAGAGAUAGACAUGGUUUUAUGCAGAAUUAACUUUAUUUUAUUUUGGUUGUUUUAGGUGUUUCUAACAUUGUUCCAGUAGUAAUCCAUCUACGAUAUAUUAAUGUACAGUACUUGAUAAAUGAGAGGCAUCUUCGUAUCUUGUGUUACUGUCUAUCAUUACCUCAGAUUUCUCCAAAUGUUCUUGUGAAGCUGAACUGUGAAGUUAAAGGGCAACUUGGGUUAUUUAUAUAAAUAUAUAUAUAUAAAUAUAUAUAUAUAUAUAUAUAUAUUUUAAUGCUGUUUGGGUAUGGGGUUGCCGUGGCGACCAGUCAAGCAUUCUACUUACUAAUAUAAAAUAAACAUUUAGGUAUUGUUGUUUGAUCUAUUAAUUAUUGUGGUUUGUCUUUUUAAUUCAUUUUCUUCUUACUUAGCCAUUUGCCAAGUUCAGAUAUAUGUGUGACUGUGUAAUAGUGUUUGGGAAUAAAAAACAUGGUAAUGAGCAACAA